UACAUACACACACGUACAACAUCACACGUGUAAUCCCUUACACUUCACAGUGACAAAGAAGAACACCAUUGUAAUAUAUAAUAUAGAUAUAGAAUAUAGAUAAUAUACUACUAGUUGGACUCUUUUGCAUACUACAAGUCAAGCACUUUAGUGUGGUAUACCGAGUAGUGACAGUACUGAGCAUGAUACCAGAAGCACUAUGGAUUAUUACCGUGACUGGAAUAUGCUUAGGCAUUCAGAAUACUGUUACAGCAGUUCAUUUGAGGACCAUGGAGCACUUUGUGUCUGCUGUUCAGCACUUAGAAGAUUUAAACCCAAGACUGACUCCACUGGCCUUGUUGUCGAGUUUACACAAGACUAUAGGCCAACGUGACAACAUCACCUCCGGUUUCCUAGGAUCAUCUGACAAUACCACCGAUAUUCACUACAUAGAUUCCAACAACAGUUUCAUUACACCAAAGUUGAAUGUGAACAGAAAGCUCUUCAGGUUCUUCAGCAAAGCCGUCAAUCAUUUCAUAAUAGAUAGUUGUGAAGAAAAGGGAGUCGUUCUGACUCCUGAUGGCACAACUGUUGCCCUUGCCCCCCUCCUUCUUGGUAUUGAAAAUGGCCUAAAAGCUACAGAAGAUGAUCUUCGACAUCACAACCACUACCUUCUCCCACUGGCCAAGAAUUUAGCCCUAUCAUUCCUUCAGUUUCAAAACUCAACAAUGGCUAAGUUCCUUGGCCCGGAUGGUUGUUGGGACAGCAUAUCUACUCCCAUGGUUUUCAGUCUUUUAGGACAACCAUCUUUGGCCACUGAUGCUGUGGUGCAUGGGGGAAUGGAUGGUGCUAUACUCGGGAAUCACCUUUCUGUUGUUGUAAAAUUAAGUCAAAUGCUCAAAAGCUAUUACUUAGACAAUGUAGAAGAGUUUGAUCACACUUCCCACAGUCACCUGAGGGCUCGCUUUCGCAGACAAAAUUUUAAAAACCUUACAAAUCCAUCAUUGCUUCGAAAAAAGGUAGCGGAUGCCUUGCAAACUUAUAGAUGGCAAGGGAACAUAACAUCAGAGAGUCUUGUAGAAGAGGGAAUGAGAGAAUUUGUCCUGCGUUAUAUGGACUGUCCUUCCAUCAUUCCAAGAUGUAUAUGGGGAGCAGCAUCACCCCACGUUCCUCUUGAUUCCCUGUCUCCACCCCUGCCUUUCCUUUAUAUUCACCACACAGAGAUUCCUAGCAAACCCUGUGUAAACCUCCAGAUGUGUUCCAAAAAUAUGAGGGCAAUGCAACAGUUUCACCAGAAAGUCCGAAAGUGGCAUGACAUCGGCUACAGUUUUGUAGUCGGGUCUGAUGGCUACAUCUACGAAGGUCGAGGUUGGAUGUCACAAGGAGCUCACACCAGAGGUCGUAAUCAGGUCGGGUACGGCGUUGCUUUUAUCGGGAACUACAACAGUGAUAUACCCUCCCAAUACACCUUGGAGUUGGUGCGCAACCAUUUGAUUAAAUGUGGAGUGAAGAAUGGAUUUCUACAGGAGAAUUUUACCAUGCUGGGACACAGACAAGUAGUAAACACAUCUUGCCCGGGGGACUUCCUGUACUCUGAGAUUAAAGCAUGGGAACACUACAAAGAUAUGGAUCCUUUAAAGUGAAUGAGGACAUCUUCACGCCACCCUGUGAAUCUGUGAAUAAUCUCUAAUAAUCUCAUUUAAAGCAAUGUUGUGUACAUUCAUUGGUUAAACUAAUGUGCUGCAAAAUG